ACUGAUCAUGCCAAUGGUAGUAGCAAUGGCGCCAAAAAACAAGUCUUUGAAGGUGCCAAUAAAAAGAAGUCGAUGAAGAUAAAGCUGGAAAAACAUGAUUCUCAUGCAGACGAAGACUUGGAAUAUGAAAGUAUGGAUGAAGCUAAAUGUAAAAAGAGUUUAAAGCCAGUGUCUAAAUCGUUGAUGACUCUUCACAAGGGAUCUAAGGGUAUGGACAAACUGGUUUUCAAGAAGGUAUUGAAGGCUGAGUUACUUAAGGUGGGCGACUUUAUUGAUGAAGCCUCCAAACAAGAACCUCAGAACCCUAAAUUGAGCAAGCAUUUGUGGAGUUACGCUUCAUUAUUUUGGCCCGUCAAGGUUCCUAGUGCUAAGAUCAGGGAAAUAUAUACCAGAAUCAAGGAAGCUACGACUUCCUAGGAUCGGGCAAUUGUAUAAUUAGAUAUUAAAUCAGGACAUCAUUUACCUUUUUUAAAAAACUAGUACGCCAAUGAACUAUUUAAAUUGCCAUGAAUCCUGAUUCGAGUAUAGGUAAUUUUUAAAGAGAAAUGAUUCUACAUUGCUUACUGUCUUUUACAAAGCAAAUCGCAAUGUUAUAAUUUCUAAUAGCCAAACGAAUAUUUUUGAAAUACAAAGAAAGCAUCAAGUAGUCAAACUUUGAACAGUUUUGUAAAAACAAGAAAAGAAGCUAGAAAAGUGUAUAAAUAUCUGAGUCUUAAUAAGCCCCCCAAUAACUUACCAUUUCGGUUGCGGCCAUAUCUAGCAGAAAGCACCGUUUCCCGUCCGAUCAACUGUAGUUAAGCUGCUAAGAGCGAGACCGAGUAGUGUAGUGGGAGACCAUACGCGAAACUCUCGUGCUGCAAUCUCUUCUGUUUUUGCAACUUUUUGUUCAAGUCAGUAGUACGAAAAUGAUGCGAUCUUUAUCCUACCCUGUCUUAAUGUUACUAAUCUCUACAUCAGACUCAAAACACGUCUCUAUAUUAUUAGUUCUGCCGGGUAAGUGAAAGUACCUAUCUGUCUUUACAAGACUUGAUCUAAAUCGCGCCUGCGUGUAUACACCGGCAAAAAUUUUAGAGAAAUCAAAACCACAAAUAUCACCAAACAGGGAUAACUAAGAAAUUAGCAACAGUAUAUUUGUGAUUAUAAAAGCUGAAGACUCUUGUAGUAAUUGAACUUUUAUACUCCCAAAAUCCUAUACUACCUUUCAAACUUUUCCUAAAUUAAAAAAACUUAAAAAAAUCGGAAAAUCCACAAAAACCAAAAUCUAUAUAUACACAUAUAUUUAAAAUCCAAAUCAUGUCUUCUGACCCAACCCAAAUCCAAGAAUCCUUAGAAAAGUUGUCUUUGGACAACAAAGAACAACCCCCAAAAGAAUCCACUGAACAAUCAAAGGAAACUACCACCGAAACUUCUGCUCCAGCUAAAGAAAACCUUGGUGAAACUUCUGCUUCCUUGUACGUUGGAGAAUUGAACACCUCCGUCAACGAAGCUUUGUUGUUCGAAAUCUUCUCCCCAAUUGGUCAAGUUUCUUCCAUCAGAGUUUGCAGAGAUGCUGUCACCAAGAAGUCUCUUGGUUACGCCUACGUUAACUUCGUCAAAUUUGACGAUGGUGAACAGGCUAUUGAAGACUUGAACUACUCCUUAAUUGAAGGCAGACCUUGUAGAAUCAUGUGGUCUCAAAGAGAUCCAUCCUUGAGAAGAAAUGGUGAAGGCAACAUUUUCAUCAAGAACUUGCACCCAGCUAUUGACAACAAGGCCUUACAUGAUACCUUUUCUGCUUUCGGUAGAAUCUUGUCUUGUAAGGUUGCCACUGAUGAAUUGGGAAACUCCAAGUGUUUCGGUUUCGUCCAUUAUGAAACUGCCGAAGCUGCUGAAGCUGCUAUCGAAAACGUUAACGGUAUGUUGUUGAAUGACCGUGAGGUUUUUGUUGGUAAACACGUCAGUAAGAAAGACAGAGAAAGUAAGUUCGAGGAAAUGAAGGCUAACUUCACCAAUGUUUUCGUUAAGAACUUGGCUCCUGAAUACACUGACCAAGAAUUGAAGGAAUUGUUCUCUGCUUACGGUCCUAUCACCUCCAGUUACUUGGAAAAGGAUCUCGAAGGUAAGUCCAAGGGUUUUGGUUUCGUUAACUUCGAUAACCACAAUGACGCUGUCAAGGCUGUCGAUGAGUUGAACAACAAGGAAAUUGCCGGUCAACCAAUUUACGUUGGAAGAGCUCAAAAGAAGAGAGAAAGAAUGGAAGAAUUGAGAAGGCAAUAUGAAGCCACCAAGUUGGAAAAAUUGUCUAAGUACCAGGGUGUUAACUUGUUCAUUAAGAACUUAGAUGACACUAUUGACUCUGAAAAGUUGGAAAACGAAUUCAAGCCAUUUGGUAAUAUCACUUCUGCCAGAGUCAUGGUGGAUGAACAAGGUAAAUCCAAGGGAUUUGGUUUCGUUUGUUUCUCUUCUCCAGAGGAAGCUACUAAGGCCAUCACCGAGAUGAACCAAAGAAUGGUUGAAGGUAAGCCUUUGUAUGUUGCUUUGGCUCAAAGAAAGGAUGUCAGAAGAUCUCAAUUGGAACAACAGAUUCAAGCCAGAAACCAAAUGAGAAUGCAAAAUGCUGCUGCUGCCGCCGCCGCUGCUGGUGGUGCCAUACCAGGUCAAUUCAUGAACCCAAUGUUCUAUGGUCAACAACCAGGUUUCUUCCCUCCACCAGGUGCUAAUGGUGGAAGACCUAACGGUGCCAACGGUGCUGGUCCAAACGCUGGUCCAAACGCCAACCCUCAAAUGAUGAUGGCUGCUGCUGCUGCUGCUGCUAGAGGUGGUCAAAUCCCUCCUCCACAAGCCGGUGCCGGAUGGGGUAGACCAAAUCCUAAUGGUCAACAAAUUCCUCCAGUCUACGGUAUGCCACCAGUUUACCAAAACGGUCCUAACGGUCAACCAAGAGGUGCUCCAGCUCCAGGUAUGUACCCACCAAACGGAAGACCAACUAAGGCCAGAGAUUUGGCUGCCAUUCUCUCUUCCGUUCCACCUGAACAACAAAAGAGAAUUUUGGGUGAAGAAUUAUACCCAAAGAUUGUCAGCACCGGUAGAGCUAAUGAACCCGAAGCUGCAGGUAAGAUUACUGGUAUGAUGUUGGAUUUGGAUAACCAAGAAAUCUUGUCUCUUUUGGAAGAUGAUGAAUUGUUCAACAACCACUUUGAAGAUGCUUUGACUGCUUACGAAGAGUACAAGCAAUCCAAUGAGGAAGGUGCUCAAUAA